ACGAGGAUACUCUUUGCCGGCAGGUCCCAGAACGAAAUUGUGUUCCUUACUGAUCCCGACUCCUGAGAAAUUCCUACGAAAAAAAAAAAGGGGGAAAAAACUCAAAGAAAAAACACGAAAGCACGCAUAGGAUUACAGCGUACAGAGACGAAGAUGAAACUGACAUGGAAGAACAACAGUAAGAACAGCAAGAAGCGUUCUCUGGCCGCCGUAUCAAACUUCCCAAACCUCCCUUUUGAGCAUCAUCAGGAAGACGACGAAGCUAAUAACAGCAGCAAUACACAGCUUAAAAAAAAGGAGAACGGUAGUGAGGGAUUAGCUUCUCUCGAUUCCUCUGAUUCAUCGGACGCCAAGCAACUUGCCCAGUCCUUUCAGACGCAGGGAAACAAGCUCGCCGAGGAUGGGAAAUACCGGGAAGCACUGGGAAAAUGGGAGGCUGCUCUUACUUUGAUCCCUGAACUUGCAGUUUUACAUGAACAAAAAGCUCAGAUUUUGCUUGAAAUCGGAGACUCAUGGAACAGUUUGAAGGCAGCCACUCGUGCUACCGAAUUGGAGCCAUCAUGGGCUGAGGCAUGGGUCACCCUUGGUAGAGCACAGUUGAACUUUGGGGAGCCUGAUAGUGCUAUUGAAAGCUUUGACAAAGCGUUAUCCAUCAAGCCUGAUUGUGAAGAGGCUCAAGACGAUAGGAAUACUGCCUUGCAUCUUAUAAAGAGGCGAAAGCAGCUCCAUUCAGCAGGCGUGGGCAGUACUCAAAAUCGCUUCUCCGUUGGUGAUGAGACCAAAAGCUCCUGAAGGCAGCAGAUUGGAAACAAAUGUUUGAUGCCCGCCACACGGUAUAGUAAGUUGGCUGGGUUGUAUUGGGUUGCACGAGAGUUAACCUUCUAAUUGAUCACGAGAGAGAUCAAAAUACUUUGCCUGGUUUAUCUACCAGGAAAGAUGAAAACUGGGGAUAAUCUCGACAAGCUCAAUUCCUUCAGCUGAUAUGUUUCUGCUGUAAAUAUGUUUGAACCCGGAUUAAAUACUGUGAAAGGAAAAAUCUGGUCUGUAAAUUAGCUUUUCUGGUU